AUGACGCAGCAGGCCAACCAGUCGACAAUGGUGGCGCUGGUCGCCGGCGUGGCCGUGGCGGCCGUCCUCGCCGGCGUGGCGUCCGCGGAGAAGGCGGGCGGCUUCGUGGUGACGGGUCGCGUGUACUGCGACCCCUGCCGCGCCGGGUUCGAGACCAACGUGUCCAAGAGCGUGGCGGGCGCGACGGUGGAGGUGGUGUGCCGGCACUUCGAGGCGAACAAGGAGACGCUCAAGGCGGAGGCGACGACGGACGACUUCGGGUGGUACAAGCUGGAGAUCGACCAGGACCACCAGGAGGAGAUCUGCGAGGUGGUCCUGAAGAAGAGCCCCGACCCGGCGUGCGCGGAGAUCGAGGAGCUCCGCGACCGCGCCCGCGUCCCGCUCACCUCCAACAACGGCAUCAAGCAGAAGGGCAUCCGCUACGCCAAUCCCAUCGCCUUCUUCCGCAAGGACCCGCUCAAGGAGUGCGGCGCAAUCCUCCAGAAGUACGACCUCAAGGACGCAUCUGACACGCCAUGA